AUGAAAGUUGAAGUUGAGAGCAAAGAAAUAGUGAGGCCAUCUUCUCCCACUCCUGAAACUCUCAAGAGUUACAAACUCUCUUUUAUGGAUCAACUAGCUCUCAACGUCAGGGUUCCAUUCGUCUUCUUCUACGACUCCCCCGCCAUUUCUCAUCAUACCAAUACCAUUGAUGAGCUGAAGAAAUCACUCUCCAAAACCCUGUCUCUAAUGUACCCGCUGGCGGGGAGGGUGAAGGAGGACAAGGUAACAAUUGAAUGUAACGACGAAGGCGUGGAGUUUAUUGUGGCUGAUGUUGCUGAAAACAUGUGUUGUUUGCUGGAAAAUCCUGAAAUGGAGAAGAUUAAGCAGCUGAUUCCUAGUGGAAAGGUUUACGAGCCCCAACCGGUAGGGAAGGCACUGGUGGCGGUUCAGGUGAACCGGUUUAGCUGCGGGGGAAUGGGUUUUGGGUUUUUCGUUUCGCACGCCAUAGCCGAUGCUUCCAACGUUGCCACCUUCUUUGAAACUUGGGGAUCCAUCAACCGCGGCGGCGCUGUGAAUGGAAGUGGAUUCGUUUCCGAUCAGUCCAGCAUCUUAUUCCCUCCUUUGACGGAUACUUCUGCCCUUGAACGAGCAGUGAGGAUGGCGGCGGCGGCGGUGGAGCAGGACGACAAAUACUUGACUGUUAAAAGGUUUGUCAUUCCCGCCAACGCCAUAGCUAACCUCAGAGAAGAUUUAACGAUUACCGGGUCAGUUCAACGCCCGUCUCGCACGGAGGCGUUAACGGCGUUAGUAUGGGCUGCUGUGAUAAACGCAACUCCUCACCAAACUGUCACGUUAUCCUGCAUGGUGAACUUGCGGAGCAGGAUGGAGCCGCCGCUGCCGCCCAACUGUCUUGGGAGCUUGGCCUACGGAGCCGACGUUCACUGCGAGGAGGCGAAAGAUGGCGGCACCGCCGUAGCCGCCGUUCAAUUGGUGCAGAGGAUACGCGAUGCUUUCCGAUCUGUGAACGACGGAGCGGCGAGGAAGGUGUACGGCGAAGGAGGGUUGUUUCGUGCGGUGUUGGCCAGAAUUGAUGAAAUAUUGAGCAAGAAAGAUUCUUGUUCAACGUUGUUCACAAGCAGUCUGUUUAGAAUGGCGUAUUACGAAGUUGAUUUUGGGUGGGGGAAGCCAAGACUGGUGGUGAAUAUGCUCAAGAAUUCAACGGUGAUUUUCUUAGACGCCGCCAUUAAUGGAGCUGUGGAAGUGUGGAUGGGAUUGCCUAAGCAAGUUAUGCACACAUUAAUGCAAGACCGCCACUUUCUUGCCUAUGUUUCUGGCUUUCCUAAACCAAAGCUAUGA